AUGGCAUCAUCAAUGUCCUCCUCGCCAAAUGCUAUAUCCGACGGACUUCCGCUUGUCAACGCUAUGUCACUGACGCUGAAUCCUUAUCCACUCAUACUUCAGACAAUCGCGGAUCAGCAAAAGAGUCUCAGCCACCACGAUCUCCCGAGGUUUACAACUAUCCUAGGGGUCGUCCAUGCUAUUCUUUUCGUCGUAGCCGCGGCCACUUUGCUCUUGAAGGUCUUCAGGCGCCCAGAUGGGGAGCGCAGGAAAAUUUGGCUAUGGCGGAAGCAUUACACCUCCGACGACCAGGCCAUCCCAUACCUGGUUCCCAACGGGAAUUUCGUCAUUGAGGCCUUGCAAAUGCUUGGUUGCACGUUGUAUCUGCUGUUUGUCAUCUUCCUUGACUGGGAGGUCAGGUAUCCCGAUAGCGUCCCAGAUUCUGUUCGCGCUGGCAUGAUGUUUUGGCACGCAGUAGCUCUGGUACCAGGAUACAUUGCAUUCUGGUUAUGUGGAUGGGGUGCAUUUUAUGUGGUAUAUCUGGCACCUGACCGACCCAACAAUAAAUCUACAUCUUCCAAGAAGAGUCCCAUCGAGCAUUCCUUGGUUCUGAACACGAUAUGCAUAUCAAUACCCGUAUUUAUUACGGUUUACUUUUUUAUCAUUGGGAUUCUUAUGACUUUCAAGCUUAGACAAACCAUCAGUACCUAUAAGCUUGUGACCUUGACGCUCAAUCAACUUUCGACCCAGUGGAAGGCCAAUGAUCCGAUGCGUUUUAAAAACAACAAACGUCUCUUUGACAUCUUUACCACACUUUCCGAAGAAGUAAAUCAAAUGAUCAGUGUUGCUCAGGCGGAGGCCUUCGGUGGGGCUGCUGUAUCGAUAGUCAUGAUUACGUUUUAUGUUGUCACUGUACUUGCUACUAGCCGAUUAGUAAAAACUUCAAUCCUGAUCGCAAGCGGGAGGAAAUCAGUUUUCCAGUCGUCGGAAUCUCCCGUAGAAUCAAGAGAAACCCUCAGAUCAAGCACUGCAACGCGUGAUUCCAAAACCAAAUCAGAAUUACCAAGAAACACGUUCACAAAUUAUAUUUCCUUGACAAGGUUGCAGAGAAGUUAUUAUUUCAUAAUCAUCAGUUGCGGAAUUAUGGCUGUGGCGUUAGGGUUGAAUUUCUCGACCAACAUUUUUUUUGCACUCAAGAUGAAAGUAAUGGUAAUCGAAACCAAGUGGCAAGCUGUACUGAUCGACCUCGUAACCGGUACAACUGUCACCUUAUCAUUGUCAUUAUUCCUCCAAAGUCUCAUGCUGUCGAUCUGGGGCUAG